CCCGCGUCCGCGCGUUUCUUUGGAUAUUCCUGCGUAGUUUUGUUCAGAGAUCGAACGGAUGCACUGGUGCACAAGUCACAGACGAGCUUUUGGUUUGUUAAAUGCUGGUGUUAUGUUGGUUGGUGGAUUCAGUUGCGCUGUGUGGCUGAUGAUGAUUACUUUUUCAGCCUCAAAAUGUCGCCCAGGUUCCCAGUAGAAUUGGAUGUUUUCACCGUGCCACAUUCUAGGAUGAAGCAUCUUGUAAAGAUGUAUUCGAAUCAGCUGUCGGCCACCGACUUCAGUAGCUCGCGCGCCGUGGCGGCACUGCUCUCCUCGCUGCUGGUCACGUUCCGCGAGUUCCGGUGCCACGAGCAGAUCGAGAAUCAGCUGAUUGUCGGUCGCCUGAAGCGGCGGCUGAGUGUCCGCUCUGCGCACCACGCGACCGUGUGUAGCUGUCACGAGGACAACCGGCUGACCGAGAUGCUGGAGCUGCUGGAGACUAACGUUGCCGAGGAGUGCUGGUCAGCCCCCGGGCGAGACGCAUUUCUCCUGCGUCUGCGUCGCGCCCUGGACGACUUCACCGACCGCUUUGUGCCCCACAUGGAGGAGGAGGAGCGCGUCUUUCAGCCUCUGUUGAUGGAGUACUUUGACUACAAUGAGCUACGGGAGCUGAAGCAGCAUGUGCUGUUGGACCACUCGCUGGCUGAGAAGGCGGAUCUGCCGGAGAAGCCGGCUGAGCCUCUGCCCGACCUACCGUCCGAGGUGCUGACGCACGUGCUAUCGUUUCUGGGGCCGCCGGACCGCGCCGCCGCCGCUGCCGUCUGCCGGCGGUGGCGGGAGGCCGCGCUGGCGCCGCCGCUCUGGAGGUCGCUGUACCCGGCCCUGUGGGCGCGCGGCGUGUGGGACCCGUCCCAGGUGGACGUGGUGGACGAGCUGCUGACCCGAUCUGAGCUGCGGAGAGCAGCUCUGACCAAUCAGACGCUGCCGCUGGUGGGUCGUCAUGUCCACUGGCUGGAGCUGACAGGCAGCCGGUGCCUGGACAGCCGCCAGCUCCGCCGCCUGCUCUCGCGCUGCCCAAACGUCCGGCGUCUGGACGUCAGCUACACCAACAUCGGCGACGCAGCCUUCAAAAGCCUGCCGGCGGGAGCGCUGCGCUGUCUGGAGCACGUCAACCUCUCCGGCUGCGAGCGGCUGACUGACCGCGGCCUGGCCCGGAUGGCCUCCCAGCUGAGUCCAGCCGCACUGCUCACCGAUCAGCUGUUCGACUCGGGUGACGACAGCGCGCGCCAGCACGACUCCUGUUCCUCGGCGUGCCCCUCCGACUCCGACUCGGACUCCGGCCGGGCGGCGGCGGCGGCGGCGGCGGUGGCGCGGCUGCGGUACCUCUCGCUGUCCGGCUGUUGGCGGGUGACGUCGGUGGGCGCGCGGUGCCUGGCCGCCUGCCCGGCCGUCGCUGGGCUCCGACACCUGGACGCGCCCGGCCUCCCGCCCGCCGCGCUCUGGUACUGCGAUAUGGUGGCGGACGGGCCGCACCCGCUGCAGGCCAACGGCUGCGACAACCUCGAGUGUCCCGUGCGACGCUGCUGCCAGAACUGAGCGGCGGCGAGCCGGACCGGGGACGAGGUAGCACGCAGGUGCAGACAGGUGGGUCCAGGUAGGGGCGAGGUACCCACCGAGACGUAGGUCGGGGAAGUGGGAGAUUCAAGAGCAUUGGGUGAUUCUAUGGGAAGGCAGGCCCCCGAUGAAUGUUGAUCGAAAAUCUAGGGGAGAGUGGUCAACCCACGGUCUGCGUGCCGAAUCUGUGCGCAGCCCGCGACAGCGUCGCCCGAGAACUCUGAGAGUAACCAGACAAUGUAAUCGGGACGAGCCUUCGGCGUGAUUGUUGGCACCAUCUGUAAUCAGCCUAACAGUGGAGAAGCGGGCCUGAACCAGCAGAUUGACUUGCGAUCCGGGGAAUGCACAACUCAGGAACUUAAGGUAUUAUAUGAAGGCGAAGGUCAGUUAGUCGCUGGAACGAGUAAAUACGGGCGGUGUCGCAAGACCCUCGCGUGACUGUGUUACUACCGCGUGGACUGUGUUACUUCCGCGUGGACUGUGUUACUACCGCCUGGUCACUGUGAAACUACUACUUGGUCAUUUUUUAUCAGGCUGCCAACAAUUGGGCCAAAUAUAUGAGUGACGUUCGA